AUACACACGCCUAUACACAUAAUUAUCACUGUAUCUAUAUAUCUCUUCAUCUCUGUUUCUCAAUCUGUCUUUUUAAAAAAUCUCUUUCUCUCUCUUAUAAAUCUCAGAUAUAUAACAGAAACAAAAUGUCGCCGGCGGCGGGCAUUUCGAAGCUUUCCGAUCUAACUCCGGCGGUAAAUCCGACGAUGACGUCAGACUCGUGCACGAAAGACGCAAUGAUCUCGUGGUUUCGCGGCGAGUUUGCGGCGGCGAAUGCGAUAAUCGACGCCUUGUGCGGACAUCUGGUUAAGCUAGAGAACGGACGGCGUUGUGAAUAUGAGUCGGUCUUCGGUGCUAUUCACCGUCGGCGGGUCAAUUGGAUCCCGAUUCUUCAGAUGCAGAAGUUUUUCUCCAUUGCUGACGUCACUGUUGAGCUUUCGAAAGUUGCUGAUGAGAAAAUGAAAAUGAAAUCUAAAGGAUUGGAGAAGGUUGAAAAUGAAAACGACGUCGUUUUGGUGAAAAAAGAUGAGCUGAAAAAUUGUGAGGUGGUCGUUGUUGAAGAUGAUAAUGAGAAUAAUGAUGAUUCUAACAGAAUUAAUUCUCCAAAAAGUGAGAUAACUGAUACAACAGGAUCCGAGGAAGUGCAGCCGUUGGUAGAAAACGCUAAGAUAUGCUCAAACCAAGAAGAUUGUGAGGCCUGGCGAGCUCAGAUCAAGAUGACAAAAGGGUUCAUGGCCAAGGAGUCUGUAAAAGGGCACAUGGUGAACGUCGUAAGAGGUUUGAAGUUGUAUGAAAGCAUACUCACCAAUACUGAGUUAACUCGGUUAAAUGACUAUGUGAACAAACUCCGAGUUGCUGGCAUGAACGGAGAACUCUCAGGUGAGACAUUUAUCAUGUACAACCAGCAAUCAAAGGCUAUUAAGCGAGAGCUUAUUCAGUUUGGAGCUCCCAUAUUUGGCCAGAUAAAAGAUGGAGCUACAACUAAAUCCCAAGAUAGCCAGAUCGAGCCAAUUCCAGCUCCUCUUGAAGGUGUCAUUGACCACCUGAUCAAGUAUAAUCUGAUUUCUGAGAACAGGCGACCAAACUGUUGCAUCAUAAACUUCUUUGACGAGGGGGAGUUUUCACAGCCAUUCUUGAAGCCACCUCAUGUAGACCAACCCAUCUCUACCAUUGUUCUCUCUGAAUCAACAAUGGCUUUUGGGCGAACUCUAGUCUGUGAUAAGGAUGGAAACUAUAAAGGACCACUCAAGCUGUCUCUCAAUGAAGGGUCUCUCUUAGUGAUGAGAGGAAACAGUGCUGAUAUGGCUAGAAACGUCAUGUGUCAAUCUCCAACUAAAAGGAUCAGUAUCUCAUUCUUCAAAGUCCGAAUAGACUCCAACGGAAAGAACUCAUCAAUAACAAAUGCCAUGACAGUAUGGCAGCCUGCUGUUCCAUCUCCAUACCCGAUACCUAAUGGGACCCUUAAUGGCUACGCACCAAUUAAUGGUGUUUCCAAAUGGGGUUUCAUAGGUGCGCCACAACUACUUAUGUUAGCCCCAGUCCGUCCAAUGGUCCUGAGCCCAAGAAGGUUACCUCGUGGCGGCACCGGUGUAUUCUUACCAUGGAGUGCUGGAUCAAGAAAAUCAGUUAAACAUCUACCUCCUCGUGCACAAAGGGAACGCAUUCUUACCCUUCCAGUCCCAAAAGAUCGACUCAAAAAGGAUUCCACCUCUGGUCUGGGCAUCAACCACCUGUAGGCAAUGGUCAAGCAAAAUCUAGCCUAAACAGGUCUGAAUCGUGUUUGUGAGACAAGUCUUAUAUACUCUAGUUUUUGCAUCUUCUUGAAAUCAUAUUUAGCAGGAAAUUAGGCUAAGCAUCGGUGAUUUGACUUUCCUGACGAUAUCACCCGAGUAUUUUAGUAGUUGUCAAGGGUGUAAGUUUAAAAUUUUGUGAAUUAUUAUUAAUAUUUAAAUUUAAGUGUUUGACUGGUUUA